CAAUUGAUUUGUUCGAGUCCAAAAAAACAUGGCAGAAGCUGGAUUGCUUUAUCCAAAGCUGGCAGUUUUCGGAGCCUCGGGACCGAGUGGGCAGGAGGUUGUUAAACAGGCUCUAGCAAAAGGUCAUUCAGUGACAGCAGUCGUAAGAAGCCCGGAUAAAUUCACACUCAGGUAUUUUAAAUUGAGUCUCUGGUAGCACCUUGAUGUUAAAAUAAGCGUCCAUCCGUGAAGAAAAGGUUCUGCUCGUCUCAUGAUAGUUCAACAAGCGUACAUCGAGUUGAAGUAAGACUUAUCACGAGUUUGACAUGUACACAAAUGAAUGAUGAUAAGCUCCUUGUGAUACAACGGCAAUAGUGGUUGAAACGUCUUGGUCGUGCAGCAAAGUCCAGCUAAGUUAAUUCCUUUAUGCAUGAACAGGGCUAGAGUAUUUUAGUUGGUUUGUUUGCUUUAAAAGCUGGUCAGAAUAUUGCGUUCCUUAUUUUGAUUUUUUGUCGAGGGUCUUCUUUUCUCCAUCUUAACCCAUUAGAAAAUUAGUAGCACCUUUUUUCUUUGUCUCUGAAAAAAAAAACCACGCAAUUCUGUUUUGAGUAAUGUUUUCAACGGGUGAUUAUGCUUGUCCUCCUUUAUUCAAAAUUAUCAAGACCUGCAACUCGGUACCUCUUGCUUUCCAGCAUUUUGCUAUAACUGAAAUUGAAAUUCUGUGGACUUUUUGCUUUAGCCGCUUCUUAUAGGAGUAAAGAGGGUGUAAAAGGAUAAACAUCAAUCUCUAGUGGACUGUCGUGACAAAAAGACCAAUUUGCAUAUGGAAGCGUUUAACGAAAGAAAUGUAAAUAAUAAUUUACUGUGUAGGGACAGAAGACUCUCUUAUAGGAUCUGCCUAGACGCUAAUGCGCAUAAUUUACUGAUCGUGUAAGGUAGUCCGAUUUGUCAGUCGUCUCCACUCCACCCCCUAAUCCCUCUAAUAUAACCCGUGGCGGUUAACGACAUUUCCGGCUAUGUACUUGUUUUAUUAAAAAAAAAUGGAUACGUGUGUUUGCGGUUUUUCAUCUGACUGAUAAUGAUCACGUGCCUGUUCUUGGGCCUUAUCAAUUUGUUUACCUUUAAAGGUGACCGAAAGGUUAUAUACUUUUUUAUCUAAAACAUCCAAUGUCUGGUGUUGGCCUUAUUCUGCGGUCUAACAGCAAGGGCCGUUUGGCUUGUUUUUUCUAAUGUCUGGUUCUCAUAUGCGGCGAAAUUACCUGAGCCAUCGCCGCGACAACAGUAUCCCAGGUGGAAGUUCCACCUGGGAUACUGUUCCGACAAAUGAGAAGAUACACCACUCAGAACAACAGACGACUGAAAUGGCCUGUGCCUGUAAUACAGCGACUCCUAGCCGGCUGUAUUGGAGUUAUAUUGCGGGCAGCUCUCCAUUUACGGCGAUCUAGUGAAGCGGGCCGGGAGAGAACGCGCGAGCUUGGCUUGCCGCUCACGUGCGACUUGAGAGCUUGCUCGUAGGCUACGGUUUUAUGGCAGUUUAGGUUCGUUGGUGUGGAUAAAUCAAUGUUAACUGAGUGACAUUAUUAAAUUUACAGUCAUGACAACCUAGAGGUUGUUAAGGGCGAUGUGUUCCAAGCAGAUUCCCUUAUUCCUAUUCUUGAGGGCAAGAAUGCUGUGAUGUCAUGCCUUGGAUUUCAUAGGGGAACUUUUUUCACCCCAACAACAUUGUACUCCAAGUCCAUAACGGAAAUAAUCACAGCCAUGGAAAGGUACUAACUAUUUAAUUAUCAGUGAAAUGUGUCAGUGAAAUAACCUGCGUAUCACAAUCCCCCUUUCGGUAUUCAAACGAUAUACAGAGUUCAUUUUAAUUUUUGUAGGCAUUUAACUGUGAAACAAUUCUCCCACUGGACAAUUAUAUUUUUACUUUUUUUAUUGGUUGCUGAUGUUGUUGUUAUUGUUGUUGAUAUAACUUUAUAGGGUGAGUUUAUAAAAAAUUCAGACUUUAAAUAGAUUGUAGGGUAUUUUUGUCGGUCUGUAUAGCAAAACCAGUCUCUCUUUCAGUUAGCACUGUACAUUGUAGUACAAGAAAAGUUAAAUUUUCGCAUUUCUUGCCCUAAACAUUUCAUGGCGAUUAUUUCAACCCACUAAACUGGUCGCCAUCGUAGUUACUUAAAACUCUCUAUUGAUAAAUCAUACCCCACAUGUGACCCUGCAGGGGCACCCAAGGAUAGUUUCCUCCUAAAUGCGUUGAAAACACUUUUUGGAAUAUCCAGAGUACUUUUAGAUCGGCAGGAAUACAUUUUAUGUGGCACUACGAAAUGUUCAUCUGUUCGGUCAUCCUAAGACAACUUGACCUUUACCGAUGAUUAGGAGAUCAUUAUUAUUUUGUCGAAAAUUUUAGAUGCUAUCUUAAGUUUUAUGAAGGUGAGAAUUUUUCCGAUUUAUUCAUUUUUCCAUUAUACUUUCGAAUCCGAAAAGGUUAUUUUCCUUUUCCAGCGAACAAUAGACUAAACCUGGGGAAUAAAAUGUGAAAACAUGAAUCAAGCGUCAGAAAAUUGUAGGGAUAUAGUUAUUGUGUAUAGGUUCAAAUGUCUGGAACAGACAUCUUGAAAGCCAUAUGUUUUCCCUGACCUUGGUUCCAUAAAGCACAAAACCUUAGCCUAUUUCCGCUCGGAACAGUCUACACUCAAUCUGCACUCAAUUCCAGACCAAAAAGGGUACUUCUGUAAAAGGCGGGAAAUUUGGCGCGAAACUCACGCACCGAUGUGGCUUUUGAUUGGACGUGUCAUUUUUGUCACACGUGAAAAAUCAUCGUUCGCGUUUCCAUUUCCAGGAAUGGAAUUGAGAGACUGGUCUGUAUUACUGGAAUUUACACUCAGAACGACCCUGCCAAUCCCAGAUGGAUCACGAUGCUUAGACCAUUUAUGAGAUCCUUUAUUAACGACAUGGUUUUGAUGGAAAACACCGUUAUGAAGUCGAAUCUCAUCUACACUAUUAUGAGGCCUCCGAUUUUAACCAAAGGUAAGUGCCUCUUUGACAAGCCUGCCUAGCCUGCGUAGCAAGCGUUUCCUCGCGAGGUUCGUCUAGAAAGCUGGGACAAGAGCAAAAAAACAUGAAUGACGGCGGAGGGGGAGGGGAACCAACCUUUUUUUUUGCUUCCGCUCUAACUUUCGCGCAAUAACUCGAUUGGAAACGCUUGCUACGCAGGCUAAAGCCUGCCAUGCACACGUUCUUGGUCUUGGUCACGCGUUCUUCGCCAACCAACAUUUGUUGGGGAGAAUUGCGUGACGUCUGCGUGGGAGGCUACCCUUUGACGUGAUGUUUGUUUUUAUUUGCGAUAUCUCUUCUUUAAUGAAUAUUUAAAGAGGCUGUGUCACGGCUGUCGUGUUCAUUUUGUUGAUAUUGCCGAUGACGAUUACUCGCUAUAUUGAACUUAGCGUUAGCGAAGAAAUUGCUUGUAAAUGAGAAAAUCAUAACUUCGCGUCAAAGAAAUAUGUCUCCCAAACAUCAUAUCAAGCGUUACAAACAACAAAAAUGAACUUUGAAAAACUGUUAGACCAACAAGUUUUCAAAAAUCACAUUGCAAUCAAGUUGUCAUCUGUGCCUUUUUGUGUACUUGCUGUGUUAUUUAUACAGUCUUGUAAUUAAAGUUUUGAGCGUCUUUUUUCAUGUUUCAGUCAAUUUGGUGAUAUUUUUUAUCGUUUAAAUUUUAAGAACUGACUUUUGUGACGCAGCUCCUUUAAAUAAGUAAAGAUAUAGAUUAUUAAUAAAAUGGGUAGAUAACAAUCUCAUUCUUUAGCCCUGGCUAUCAUAAAAUAUAGCGACUUGGCAGUGAAUUUCUCGGUAACUGAUACGCUACUUUAGCAUCAGCAAAAGGUGCUUUUGUAUCAAUAGAAUUUCGGCUUAGUACACCUAAAACGUAACGAAAAGAGUUAACGCAACGUUUCAAUGUCGCCACGACAUCAUUGUAAAAAAAAAUAAGCCAUGGUUAUUCUUUAAAAGGGCUUUCCAAUUGCCGAACAGUGGCGGAUCCAGAGAAGAACCCCGUGGGGUCCGCGCCCCGUCCCCCUUAUUUAAGACCAAACUGAUGCCCGAAGGACCGAAAAAAUCUUUUUGGGAGACCUGGCCCCCCACUUAUCUAAGGGUCUGGAUGACCGGGGCCCCCCCUUAUCGCAAGGUCUGGAUCAGGCACUGCCGAAUGACGAUAUUCGUCAAUACGUUGAUGAUAUUAAUCCCUCAGAAAGGUCCUGUGAUGUAUAUAUGGUAAAAUGACGAACCUUAAACCAUGCAAUAGUUUGUAUUUUAAAGUAAAGAAAAGUUUCUUCAUUUCUUCAGGAGCUGCAACUGAUAAUUACAUGGUUGCCGAGGGCCAAUUCGUACCAAAUGCUUCUUCGUCAUUGUCGCGAGCAGAUUUAGCUCAUUUUAUGUUGAAGUCGUUACAGUCAAAUGAAUGGGACAAGAAGGGUAUGGCAAUUGCUGGUGGGAAAUAAGACAAUGUGCGUAAAAAGUUUAGAUACACUGUAGUAUUGAUGGAAAGAGGAAAUUGCUAAAAUGCGUUUUAAAAAAGUUAGUUGUCAUAAACAGCCAUAGAUUCAUUUAUUUAACAAACGAGGUAGUAAAUGAUAAUAUGGGCCAUUCCUAGUUCCAAAACCCCUUCAUGCAGUGGCUUUCAAAUGAGGCUAAAUGCAAACCUUUCUUGUAAUAAUGACUUUUAUUUGCGUGAGAAUUUGAUUAAAAACUUCGCUCAUCCUACCCUUUUGCGAACGAGUCCUGAGAGUGUCUCUCGGAAAUGGCCAAUGAACUUGGCAACACGUGAACAUUAACAGAGCCGAGUAGCAGCCGUAGACAGCUUUUCGUCCCCAUUAGUAUUCAUCAUAAGUAGUGCAGAGCAAGAUAGUUAGAAAUACUUAAAGAUGUCCAGUACAGUAAAAACCCGCGUAUAAGAACCUAACAUUUAAGAACCUGUUAGGCUAAAAUUUCAUUUUUAAGCACCC